CGUGUGGUCUGUGUGGUGUGUGCGCGCGGUGCGUGCCGUCAGUGUGGGGGUCCAGCCUGCUCUCAGCAGACGUGUCUCCGGUGUUUCUCCUGCCCUGCCGCACGGACUGCUGCCGUCCACCUGCUGCUGGAGCUCUCGAAGGUGACCCUGCUGCAGGAUGUCCUCCACCCCAGAGCUGCCCCCCCUCCUCCUCGCCACGCUGCCCUCCUUCCCCUCGGCCACUCCGGCAGUCCUGGCCGCGGAGCCCAACGCCACCUCAUGCCAGGAGUGGGAGCAGACCCACCACCUCCUCUUCCAUCUGGGGAACCUGUCCCUGCUGCUGGGCCUGGUCAUCCCCACCACGCUGGGCCUGCACAUGAUCCUGCUGCGCCUGCUCCUGAUGACAGGAUGCGGCCUCUUCACUGCAUGGGCGACUCUGUACAGAUGCAACCUGGACGUGAUGGUUUGGAACGUGGUAUUUCUGGUGGUGAAUUUCAUGCACUUGUUUUUCCUCCUGUACAAGCGCAGGCCGAUCAAGAUCGACAGGGAGCUGCGGUCGGUCUACAAGCGGAUGUUUGAGCCCCUCCAUGUGCAGGAGGCCCUGUUUCAGAGGCUCACAGGACAGUUCUGCACCAUCCAGACGCUGAAGAAAGGCCAGCCCUAUGCUGCCGAGGACAAGACCUCUGUGGACGAACGCCUCAGCAUUCUCCUCAAAGGAAAGAUGAAGGUAUCAUACCGAGGCCAUUUCCUCCACAACAUCUACACCAAUUCAUUCAUUGACUCUCCAGAGUUCAGGUCCACUGAGAUGCACAGAGGAGAGAAGUUCCAGGUGACCAUCAUGGCAGAGGAGAACUGUAAGUUUCUGUGUUGGUCUCGAGAGAGGCUCACCUACUUCCUGGAGUCAGAUACUUUCCUCAAUGAGGUGUUCAGGUACCUCAUUGGCAAAGACAUCACAAACAAACUGUACUCUCUGAACGACCCCACGCUCAGCGACAAGGCUGUGAAGAAGAUGGACCGUCAGCCCAGCCUCUGUUCUCAGCUGUCUAUGAUGCAGAUGAGGAACAGCAUGGCAAGCACCAGCGACACUGAUGAUGUCCUUAACCAGAUCCUACGAGGAGGAUCAGCUGGAUCAUCACUCCAAAAAUCACCUGGCACCAAGCCUUCCUCAAAAAUGAAGCCCAUCGAAGAAGGCAUGGAGGAUGACGUUUUCGAAGAAACUCCCUCCAAGUCUCACUGUGUGCCCAGCACUUCCACUAAGGAAGUAUAGAAAGCAGGGAACAAUAGAUCAAAUGCAUAUUACUAAGUCUGUUUAACAACAUAACGACGAGAGCCUGAGUGAUACACCUUGAUCACAUGAUCAGCCACGUCCACAGGCAAUCACAGUCACACACAUAUACACAUAUACACAUCUAUUUAUCCAUCUAUCUAUAUCUAUAUAUAUAUAUUCUCCACCAAGUAUUAAUAAUUGUUUUUUUAUUCAUGUGCCAUCCCACUUCCUUGCAUAUGGCUUUUUGUGGAUUGGAGUGUUAUGAUUUUUUUUUAUCUCUGUAGUUUUAUUGAGUUAAUGAAUCUGUUUCUUUGGCGAGAAUAUUUUAUUCAGUCAUGUAUU